AUGGAAAACGAUGAUCAACCAUGCGCAAUGGAUCAUAGAAAGCAUGGGAAGAGGGCCUUCCCUGGUGAUGGAUCGGAGGAGACAGAGGAAGAGGGUGGUGAGGAUCAAGAAGUUUUCUUCCCCGCUGCGCCCUUUUGCUCAGCAGCAUCCUCAGCUCGAUCUCAACAAGAGAUGUCUGCCAUGGUCUCAGUUCUAUCUCGAGUGAUUAGUGGAGACAGUAGCACUGAUACUGACCCAAACCCUGCACUGCUUCAACUUCCCCAACAGUCCAGCACCGCCACACCGGAACUUGAUCAAUCCCAUCAACAAGCGGCGCCAGAUCAAGCAGGAAGCGUGAGGAGGAGACAUUAUAGAGGAGUGAGGCAGAGACCAUGGGGGAAAUGGGCAGCCGAGAUUCGUGAUCCAAAGAAGGCAGCCCGAGUGUGGCUCGGAACUUUUGAAACGGCGGAGGCUGCUGCACUUGCUUAUGAUGAAGCAGCUCUCAGAUUCAAAGGAAGCAAAGCUAAGCUUAACUUCCCGGAAAGAGUUCAAGGGACAAGUGAAUCAGGCGGUUACCUCACAACUCAAACAGUUGCUCAUCAGCCUCUCAUUUCUGAUUAUCAUCAGCAACAACUGGUAUACCCGAAUAAUAUCACUACUACUGAUCAAUAUUAUCCACAAUUUUAUGGGAACUUAAACUAUGGUCAGCCAGAUCCGAGAUUUUAUAACCAGCCUGCUACAUCUUCAUAUCCACCUUUCAUACCAAUAUCUCAAGCACAAGAAGAAGAUCGACAACAACAGCCGGCCUUAAGCUCUCCUAUGCCGGAUUUCGGUUCACCGUCUUCAAGUUUGCAUCCUGAAUAUCCACAGUAUGAUACUACAAGAAAUUUUGACAAUAGUCAUUGGAGAGGAUAG